AUUUAUUUAUAAAUUUGAUUAAUAGUUUUAAAGGAAAUGUGCAAUCAUUACCAAUCGAUAGGAAGUUAAAAUUUUGUGUAAUUAGCUUUUUUAAUUUAUUAAAUAUUUUCAAAAGUAAUACGAAGAUAAAUAAAAGUUACAGUGUCAAUAAUAAUGUGGAAAGUUAAUCUUUUUAGUGGUAUUCCACUACAAAUAUACUCAGGAUUUGCAGCAUCAUUUGGAAUGUUUUCGUAUGGCGUUCAACGUGGAUGGACCGCACCAGCAAUAGCCAAAUUAGAAUCGAAUGAAAGUGGUAUACCAAUAACGAGUACCCAAGCCGGAUGGAUUGCUUCUUUAGAAUUAAUUACACUUAUGUUUAGUGCAGUUGUUGUGAUACAAUUAUUAAAGUAUUUUAGUGCAAAAAUGAUAAUUCGUGCCCAAAUAAUUCCAAGUCUAUUAUCAUGGAUUGUGAUUGCAUUUGGGAAGAGUAUUCCAUUUUAUUACACAUCACGAAUACUUUGUGGAAUUGUAAAUUCGUGUGUAUUUUGCGCGGUACCAAUAUAUAUUAGUGAAAUAUCCCAUCCAAGAAUUCGUGGUGGACUAAUGAGUUUAGUUCCAAUUGGAAUAAGUGGUGGUUUUAUAUUUUCAUAUUUAUUUGCAUAUAAAUUAUCACUUGAAACAUUUGCUACAAUUGCAAUAUCAAUUCCAAUUUUAAAUGCAUUAUUCGUAAUUUAUUUGCCAGAAAGUCCAUACUAUUUAAUUUUCCACAAUAAAUAUGACGAAGGAAAAGAAUAUUUACAAAAAUUAAAUGGUACAAGAAAUAUCGAACAUGAUUAUGAAUUAAUUCGAAACGAUUUAGAAAUACAAAAAUUAAAACCUGGAAGUUGGAAAGAAAUAUUUGUACAUCCCGUAAAUAGAAGAACAUUUUUUCGAUUAUCAGUUCUAAGUUUGAUACAAGAAUUUGUUGGAGCUCAAUGUGUUGGAUCGUAUAUACAUUCUAUUGUUGAAGCAUCUCAAACAGAAAUAAGUGUUGAAUUUGCUACGACAUUAUUUGCUGUUGUACAGUUAGUUACAAAUUUUGGUAUUACAUUAUUUAUGGAUACUAGUGGUCGAAAAAGAUUAGGCAUUAUUGGAUGUAUUGGAAUAUUUAUUACAACAUUUGUAUUAGGUGUAUACUUUUUAAUUCAACAAACAAAUGAUCCUCUUCUGGAUGGUUUUCGAUGGAUUCCAUUGCUAAAUUUGUAUCUAUUCAUAUUUUUCUAUUGUGUUGGAUUAAAUUACAUUGUAAUUUUAUUGGCCGGUGAAAUGUAUCCAACAAAUAUUAAAAAUUAUGGUAUUGGUUUGGCAAGUGUUUGGUUUGGAUUCUUUGGCUUUAUUAUAAAUCAAUUAUUUCAAAUUAUGUACAAUUUAAUUGGACUUUAUAUCAUUUUUUGGAUGUUCUCAAUUAGUGCACUAUUUGGUUUUGUAUUUAUUUAUAUUUUUAUACCAGAAACUAAACAAAAAACUUUAGCUGAAAUUCAAAUUAUGUUAAAUGAAAUAGGUGUUAAAUCGUGUUAAAUAGUCGAACAGGAGUAACAAAUGCAAUCAAUAUGUUGUAAUUUUUUCCAGGUUCUGAAGCAAGAAGGCUUUAAAAGACUGUUAUUUUUUUAGAUAUUUCAUAUUUCA